UGACCCACUCUCUCUCUCUCUCUCUCUCUCUCUCUCUCUCUCUCUCUAAAGCUAAAUUUCUCACUCCUCUUUCUCUCUCUCUCUCUCUCUCUCUACAUCUAUUUCUCAUCUACAUACGCAAACGAAGAAGAGGAGGGAGGGGGGAGAGAGGAUCGUCACCUGAUUAGGGAAGCGAUCUCGGAUCCAGGUGAGCAGCGGCGCGGGGGUGCGGCAUGGACGAGGGGCAGGGAGCGGCGGCGCCGCCGCACGGGGUGCUGUUGGCGGCGGUGGUGGCGGCGGUGGCGGCGGGGCCGUUCCUCCUCGGCGACUGGGAGGCAGUCACGGAGUGGAUCGCGGAGCUGCUGAGCCCCGCGGGGCUGCUCCUCCUCCCCGUAACCCUAAUCCUGCUCAUCCGCUUCCUCUCCUCCGACCGCGCCGCCGCCCUCUCCGACCUCCUCUCCUUCUCCGGCGCCGGCGCGGCGGCGCCCGACUCCGCCCCCCGCGUCGGCGGCUCCCCGUUCGGCGUCGCCCUCGUCCUCGCCCUCAUCCUCUUCCUCCUCUACCACCGCAUCUCCCUCUUCGGCGGCGGCGGCGACGACGGCGAGGACUAGACACCGCCCGCUCCCCGAGGCCAUCCUUAUCUUCUUCUUCUUCUUCUUCUUCUUCUUCUUCGCUUAUUAUGAUGCUUUGCAAAUGCGCUAGUACUGUUUUUCCGGUAUGUAUAAGUUUUAUUUAAGACGACGCUGUAAAUUACCAUCAGAUCCGAUUCGUUCGGGGUUUGGAAAUUUAAAUACGAAUUCAGAAACUUCGAGAUUUUCAUUUUUUU